GUGGUUAAAAUCCCAGACCCACCCAGUAUCUUCCCUUCGAUAGAAGAAAACCUCUCAAAAUACAAGCCCAAGCUUCAAAUUAACCGUCGCAACCUCCCUUUCCAAACCCUAACCACCGCCGGUCCACAGCCCUCUUCGUCCUCUUUGGAACGUCGCUGAAUUCUGUAGAAUAUGCUUUCUGGGGUGAAGGUUAUACCUCGUGAUGAGAUUGAUAAGGAAGAAAAUGAGAACUCAGAUAGGCAGAAGAAAAGAUACACUAGUAAAAUGGAAAAGAAUAAAAGAAAAAGGAAAAGUUCUGGGUAUUGUGGUUCUUCGGAUGAUGAUAUUGAGAGAAUAGAAAAAGGAUCUAGACGAAAUAAGAAGUGGUAUUCAUCAGAGGAGUAUUCAAGCGAAAGUGAGAGCGAAGGGAGUUCCGAUACAGAUAAAGGGAGGCAUUCAGAUAGGAGAAAGGGUAAGAGGAAUAAGAAACGAUCCAGAAGUAAAAAGAAACGUUAUUCAUCGUCAUCAGUGGAUUAUUCGUCUGAAGAUGUGGAUGAGGAUCGAAGACGUAAUUCAGGAGUUGGAAAGAAAAGGAAUGAUGGUAGAGAAUCUCCUUUGAAAGAGAAGGAGAUUGAGAGGAAAGAAAUUGGACUGGAAUGGAUGCUCAGACCUGCAUUUAAGACUGAUAAGAAACAUUUAGAACCUGCUGCUGUUGAACAACUUGAGGAACCUCCUACUGAGGAGAUAAAGACGAUGCAUCCUAGAGAGUUGAAUCCAUAUCUGAAAGAUAAUGGAACUGGUUAUCCAGAGGAAGCAGAAGAAAAGAGAGCUGGUGUAGACAGGCUUUUAUCUUCUUCGUUUGUAGGGGAUGGAGGUGCUAGUUGGAGACUUAAAGCUUUGAAGCGUGCAGAAGAGCAAGCUUCUCGAGAAGGACGAAGUAUUGAGGAGGUUGUUCUAGAACGUUGGGGUUCUCUUGAUAUACUGGCUGCAUAUGGAGCAUCUCGUAGAGCUGCUGCACCUCGAGCCCAUCUGCAUGCCAUAAGAAAUAGAAAGCAAGGCCCAGAUAAUGAGAAACAAAAUGUUGCAGACAAUCAAAGGGAAAGAAAGUCAGAAAGAAAUUCUGAAAGGAACACUACUCGAGAUUAUUUGCGGGAUGUAUCUCUUCGACAUUCUGACAUGAAGACCCCAAAAGUCCGCGAUUCAUUAUCCUGGGGAAAACGAAAAAACCAAAAUAUUCCUGCUAAAAAUGCUGGUGCUAUAUCGACUGCAAAUAAGUUUACCGAUGAUGGAAACUUCAUGCAAGAAUUUCUUCGUAAGCAGGGAAAUGAUACUAUCGCAUCUGGUUCACAUACAGAUCAUGAUGGAAAUAUGAACUCAAAAGUUGUAGCAUCAGAGACGAAUAAACCUAGUGAAGCUGCUACAAUGCCAAAGGAGACUUUGAGCAUAAACCAAUUGGCAGCUAAGGCUUUGCAGCUUCGGUUGAAAGGAAAGCAUGAUGAGGCUGAGAAACUUCUGCUGGAAGUUGAGAGCAUGAAGGCUAAGCAGAACACUGGAGAUCAUGCCAGUAAGCAGCAGAAUGUUGACAACAACAGCAGACAUGUUGUUCAUGAUGCAUCGCUUCGGAAAGGGAAGGAUGAUGAUGAUACCGAUAAGCAUCUAGCUCGAAGAAUAAUGCAGAAUAAACAAUUUAGUGUAUCUGGUCAGGCUGAUGAUGAAUAUGACUAUGAAGAUGGUCCAAGCAGAAAACCACGGAAGAAGGGUGGGGAAAGCAAUUGGGUCUCUGGAAAUAAUCAUUUGGCUAAGCGUAUAUUGACUCAGCAAGAGCGCUGUCUUUUCUGCUUUGAAAACCCUAACAGACCAAAACAUCUUGUUGUUGCUAUAGCAAAUUUCACAUACUUGAUGCUACCACAAUGGCAGCCUGUUGUGCCAGGUCACUGCUGUAUCUUACCAAUGCAGCAUGAGCCAGCCACAAGAACAAUUGAAAAUAAUGUGUGGGAUGAAAUCCGCAACUUUAAGAAAUGCUUAAUAAUGAUGUUUGCCAAGCAAGAUAAGGAGAUGGUGUUCUUGGAAACUGUGAUGGGAUUGGCACAACAGCGUCGCCAUUGUCUGAUUGAAUGUAUUCCUUUGCCACGGGAAAUUGCAAAACAGGCUCCUGUGUAUUUUAAAAAGGCAAUUGAUGAAGCCGAGGAUGAGUGGAGCCAGCACAAUGCAAAGAAGCUGAUAGACACGAGUGAGAAGGGAUUGUGCGGUUCAAUCCCGAAAAAUUUCCCAUAUUUCCAUGUUGAAUUCGGUCUAAACAAAGGGUUUGUGCAUGUAAUUGAUGAUGAAAGCCAGUUCAAGAGCAGCCUUGGUCUCAAUGUUAUUAGAGGUAUGUUACAACUUCCAGAGGAGGACAUGUACCGCCGCCGGAGGUAUCAAUCUGUGGAGGAACAAAAGCAGGCUGUUGCCAGUUUUGUUCGUGAUUGGGAAGCUUUUGACUGGACAAAACAACUUGACUAGCAUCAUGAUCUAACCUAAAACCUAAACUGAGUUCACCAAUUGAUAGACUUGACACUGUAUAUUUACAUAGCGUUCGGAUUAAUGUUUUAGUGUAAUCGUAUUUGAUGUGUUAUAUAAAUAGAAAUUUAACACAUUAA